CUUGUGGGCUCCAUCUCACAUGGACACUCCCAAGGAGGACCGCAGCGGCAGUGGCGGCGGAGGAUGUCUGGCAGCCCCUCAGCACCAGGAAUCAUCCAUGGAUUCAGAUGCAAGCAAUAUGCCAUUCCAGUACCCAUGUGAUCAGGAGAAGCUGAUUCAGAUGCCAGAGGACUGGAAAAGUAGCUUUGUUUUCAGCAGUCCAACCGGGGAAUUCUCCGAUCUUGUUGUCUAUGGCCAAAAUGGAGAUGGAGCGACUAAAGCUCGGAAAAGAUCGAGCCCCGGAAACGGUUCUAAAUCACAAGAUCAAGAGAGGGUUGCGGAACCAAACUCGGUCACUCCUAGGAGGGGAAGCAAGUACACAUAUGACUGUUUGAGGAAAGCAGAAGCCAUAGAGAAUGGAGGCUGCAAAAGAUGCAAUUGCAGGAGAUCCAAAUGCUUGAAACUAUACUGUGAAUGCUUUGCGGCAGGACUCUACUGUAUCGACUCUUGUACAUGCGAAGACUGCUACAACAGCCUCGACUUCGAGGACACAGUUCUUGAAACGCGGAGGCAGAUUGAAUCUCGUAAUCCUCUCGCAUUCGCUCCGAAGAUUGUUCAGAAUGGCAACAACUCUCCUCCAGAUAAAGCGGAAGGCGGUGGGAGCGAGGCGCCCACAUCAUCCGUGAGGGCGUCCACAUCAUCCGUGAGGCACAUACGCGGAUGUAAUUGCAGGAAGUCCCAUUGCGUGAAAAGAUACUGCGAUUGCUUUCAGGCCGAGGUUGGAUGUUCCGAUGAAUGCAACUGCGAAAAUUGCUGGAACCCUUAUCGCCCAAAAUCAGCAGAACGAAGGAUAGAGAGGAGGGAAACGACACCUCACGGAACGCCGGAUAUUAUGCCGGGCAUGCCUAACUCCAUCGGAACUGGGACUGGAGGUCAGUCUGCUUCGACAUGCGAAGGAACAGUCAAUAUGCCCAACAGCACUCCAUCUCCACGAAGGAUCGAGAGGAGGGAACCGACACCUCAUGGAACACAGAAUAGUAUGCCAGGUAUGCCCGACUCCAUCGGUACUGGGACCGGAGGUCAGUCUGCUUCAAUAUGCGAAGGAACAGUCAAUAUGCCCAACAGUACUCCAUCUCCGAGUCCUUCGGCAUGUUCCAAACAUCCCAACAGUGGAGAUUGCUCAAAUUCUUCCCAAGCCGAGAGACACCAAGGAACUGUGCCUCCCCGCUUGCCACGUCCGCCCAUUGGUACGCCUCCAUCGGAUGGAGAUAAAGCGCCGCCCCGCCUCGUUGGUGUAUCCAUCACACACCACGCGGUGAGGAGUGUAAACAUUAGCAGCACGGGUACAUCUUCGGUGUCCAACACAGCGAAUGCUAGCUUGCCCAAUCAGGGACAAGUAUCAACUCCGCAGUUUCGGAGACCAAGCAUCAUCUCCCCAAGCUCAAGACGUGCCUGGAAACCUGACUCACGGACUCGUCCUUCCCCGGACGGCAAGUCCAAAGACAGUUCAAGCGAAGCUUAA